AUGCCGACGUCAAUCGGAGGGUUUAUUCGCUUCGCGGGAUAUAUGAUUUCAUGUAUGAGCACCAGCAUAACUAUGGCUUUGUCGCUCGCUCCGCCGAUCAUCGUCCCGUUCAUGUUGUUUGGAGGCUUCUUCCUCAACAGUGCUUCCAUUCCGGUGUACUUCGAAUGGCUGAAGUGGCUGUCGUGGUUCUUGUAUGGCUACGAAUCCCUGGCCGUGAACCAGUGGAGCAACGUGGGCAGCAUCUCUUGCUCUGCGCACAACAAUGCGACUGGAACCUGUCUCUUCCAAGACGGCCCCUCGGUGCUCAGCUACUACAAUUUUGAUCCCGUGAGUUAA